CGCCCGUGGCCCGGCCGCGGCCGUCCCUUCCUGGUCCCCUCACACUCACACACACAGGCCGGGCAUUGAUGGUAAUGUAUGCGAGGAAACAGCAGAGACUCAGUGAUGGCUGUCACGACCGCAGGGGGGACUCGCAGCCCUACCAGGCUCUUAAGUACUCAUCCAAGAGUCACCCAAGUGGUGGUGAUCAUCGUCAUGACAAGAUGCGAGACACCACAGAUCCUUCACCACCAAAUAAAAUGUUGCGGCGCUCUGAUAGCCCUGAAAACAAAUACGGUGACAACACAGGGCACAGUAAAGCAAAAAGUGUGCAUACUCACAGAGUUAGAGAGAGGGAUGGUGCAGCAGUAUUGAUGGAAUGUAACUUAACUGCUUUGUCAUCACUCAGAAAAGGGACAUGGUGUGGUAUGACUCCAAGUGACACAGGGACCAGUUACUCUCCACAAGAAAAUUCACAUAACCACAGUGCUCUUCAUAGUUCAAAUUCGCAUUCUUCUAAUCCCAGCAAUAAUCCAAGCAAAACUUCUGAUGGAGCUUACGAUUCUGCGGAUGAUUGGUCUGAACACAUCAGCUCUUCGGGCAAAAAGUACUACUACAACUGCAGAACAGAAGUUUCACAGUGGGAAAAACCAAAAGAGUGGCUGGAAAGAGAGCAGAGACAAAAAGAAGCAAGCAAAAUGUCAGUUAACAGUUUUCCAAAAGAUAGAGAUUACAGAAGAGAGGUGAUGCAGGCGACAGCUGCCAGUGGGUUUGCCAGUGGAAUGGAAGACAAGCAUUCUAGUGACGCCAGUAGUAUGCUCCCACAGAAUAUUUUGUCUCAAACAAGCAGGCACAAUGACAGAGACUACAGACUGCCAAGGGCAGAGACUCACAGUAGUUCUACUCCAGUACAACAUCCCAUCAAACCAGUGGUUCAUCCAACUGCUACCCCAAGCACUGUUCCUCCUAGUCCAUUUUCUCUACAAUCUGAUCACCAGCCAAAGAAAUCCUUUGAUGCUAAUGGAGCAUCUACUUUAUCAAAACUGCCUACAUCUGCAUCUUCCAUCCCUUCACAGAAAACGGAGAGGAAAGAGUCUACAUCCGUGGACAAGACUGUAUCCCAUUCUUGCACAACUCCUUCUACAUCUUCUGCUUCUGGACUGAAUCCAGCGUCUGCACCUGCUUCAUCAGCUCCUACAGUUCCUGUCUCACCUGUCCCACAGUCACCAAUUCCUCCAUUACUUCAGGACCCAAAUCUCCUUCGACAGUUGCUGCCUGCUCUGCAAGCCACAUUGCAGCUUAAUAAUUCUAGCGUAGAUAUAUCCAAAAUCAAUGAAGUUCUAACAGCAGCUGUGACACAAGCCUCCCUGCAGUCUAUACUCCAUAAAAUUCUUACUGCUGGACCAUCUGCUUUCAAUAUCACUUCCCUAAUUUCUCAAGCAGCACAACUGUCUACGCAAGCUCAGCCAUCUAAUCAGUCUCCAAUGUCUUUAACAUCUGAUGCCUCAUCACCAAGAUCAUAUGUAUCUCCCAGAAUAAGCACGCCUCAGACUAACACCGUUCCACUUAAGCCUUUGAUGACUACACCACCGGUAUCAUCACAGCAGAAGGUUGCUACUCCAGGAGUUAAACAAGGACCAGCUUCACAGUCAGCACCUCAGCAGCCGGUAAUAGCUGACAAGCAGGCAGGUCAUGAACCUGCCUCUCCUCGAAGUCUUCAGCGCUCAAGAUGCUUUAUGCUGUCUGGAAGCGUUUUAUUACCUGUGGCACAGACAGCCUGUAAUUCAUUUAGCAGGUAAGGGGGGUAUUUGCUGGUAGCGAAGCAAUACGAAACCCAACAGCAGUUUUGUAUCAUUGCUGCAUUAGUAGCUCCCCCUGCUGCUGAUGUAGAAGUACUGGGAUAUUUUAGUGCUAGGAUAUUUUAGGACAGUAUGUUUUAUUCAUAGUUAAGAUGCACAUUUAUUUUUCAGAAGCUCGCAGAUUUUAGUUAUUCCCUGAAACAUUUGUGGUACGUUGAAGAGAUUUCUACUCGUUAUGUAGGAGUCAAAAGUUGGGAUGGUAAAUGAGAAGGCAAGUCACAGGGAUACUUUGAUUCCACUGCAACUGAGGCUUAAAUAGAUACUGAAGAUCAUGUGUCAGUUCUGCUUAGUUAGUCAACAUAGUCUUUCUCUAAGCCAUCAGUAUGCUGAUGCUGUAUGGAUGCAUAAAGUCAUAGAAUAAUUUAGGUUGGUAGGGACUUCUGGUUAUGAUCUAGUCCAGGUUCCAACUCAAACUAGAACCAAAAUGACCUUUGAAUAUCUCUGAAGAAAGGGAUUUUGCAGGCUCUGAGCAUCUCUUCUGAAUGUUUGACUACUCUUACAGUGAUAUAUUUUUUUCUCUUUUUCCAUUUUUUCAACUUGUUUCUCUGCCUCUUGGCUUAUCACUGUGCUUCUCUGGGAGGAUCCUGGCUCUAUCUGCUCUCCCUGUAGAUAGCUGAAGAUAUUAAGAUCCUUCAGCUCUUUCUUCCAGCCUCUUUUGUUCUGUCUGGAAAAAAAAAAUCCAGUUCCUCUAGUUUCUCCUGACAUGGCAUGUGCUUCAGCCCCCUUAACAGCUCUGUGGUCCUCUGCUGGAUUCCUUUGGUAUGGCAGCUUUUUUUGCCUGGUUUUGAGCUCCCUAUUACACAGCACUCCAGGUACUGUGUAUCUUACAAGCUCUGAACAAAGAGAAGGAAUGCUGUAUUCAACCAUGUUCUUGCUAAUACAGCCCAGCAUAUGCUUGGCCUGCUUUGCCUCAGGAAUACAUUUCUGACUUGCAUUUAACUUGUCUGCCAGGAUCCUCAGGUCCUUUUCUGCAAAUCUGUUUUCUGACCACUCAAUGCCCAGCCUGUUACAUUUCUGUGGGGUUAUUCCAGUAUUGCUGCAGAGGAUUAUUCCACCUGAGCUGCUGGACUUUGCAUCCGCCUUCUUUAAAAAUUGAUUCUUGUGUGCUCUAUUCCCAUCCCUCUGAAUAACAAUCUGCCCUCCCAUGUGUUGACUGCUCCUCCCAGUUUGGUGUGAUCUGCAAACUCACUGAAGAUGCACUCUGGAGUAGCAUCUGUGUUGUAAAUAAAGACACUGAACAGUGUUGACCCCCCAAGUUAUGGAUCAGCAAAGAACAGCAUUAGUUUCUGGCUUUCACCUGGACUUUGUACUGCUGACUUUGUACUGCUGAUUGACACUUUGAGCCCAGCAAUUCAGUCAGCUUUUCAUUCACCUUACACAUGAUGUAUGGACAUGGAUGAUUGAGGAGUUAUAUGAUAAGAAAACUGUGGAGAAACCAUGUCAAAGGCCUUGUCGAAGACAUCACUACUGCUUUCCCCUUCCUCUGAGGUUGGUUUGGCAUAAUCUGUCCUUGCCAGAUCUGUGCUGGCUCUCUAUUUUUGCUUUUUAGCCUUUAAUGUUCUUGGAAGUGGAUUCCAGGAAGACUUGUUCCAUAGGUUUUACAGUGACUGUGGUUAGGUCAACAGGCUGUAGUGUCCAUGCUCCUUGGCUUACUGUAGAUGACUGUAACAUUUGCUUUUUUCCCCAUUCUCAAUACACUUGUCUUCUCACCAUGAUGCUUCAACAUGAUGCAGUAUCUCAGUCAUACUUGCCAGGUCCAUCAUUACCCUUUAGUGCAUGCUGUCUGGUUUAACUGCUCCUUAACUUACUCCUCUGUUGCAGCCUAAUACUUCCCUUGUUUUGCCUCUGCUGAUGCACUCA